AUGGAUUCUGCAGAGCUCGCCCCGUUCCAGGAUAAGGUGACUGCCGCUUUGGUGCAGGUGACCCGUACUGUUGGUCAACUGUCAGCGGAGGACCUGAACUUUCAUCGUAACUCAAGUGCAGACUUCACAGAGUCGCUUGACGAGCAAAGCGAGCGGAUUCUUGCGUUGACAACUGCCGUGCUCAAGGCUGCCACCGCCGGAACCGAUGUUAAUGCGCCAUCACUCGAUACAGAAGAUUCGAUUGAGGACAAUUGGCGUGGUGUGGUGGACGUGAUCGACUCGCUUCUCGAGAAAGCCGAUGCUUGUUUGGAUGAGUUCACGGGUGUGAUCAAGAAGUUGAGCCCCUCGCAGGAAGAGCAGGCUCCGGUGGUUAGGAAAGCGCCCAAAUUCCCAACGACAUACGACUAUGGACCUUCCAAAAUCCCCAAGCCGCAGUUGUUGUUCGAUCACAAGCCUGAUAACUCCGACUUGGGCCCUUUCCACCCUCUUCUCAAGAUCAAGCCUUAUGCCACCAUUCCACUUGAAAAGUCUCUGGCCCAACGACAAAUUGAUGGCUCAAAUGCGUACCCGCAUCCUUAUGAGACCGAGAUCCGCAAUGCCCAGUACCCCAAGUCUGUUUACCAGACAUCCCCUCCGAUCGAUUACCUCUCGUUCGAGGGCACAACCGCGACCUUUGUUGACACUUUGGAAGGAGUCAAGGAAAUGCUUGAAGAGCUGAAGCAGGCGAAGGAGAUCGCGAUUGAUCUGGAACACCAUGAUGUACACUCAUAUCACGGUCUUGUGUCCUUGAUGCAAAUCAGUACACGGAAUAAGGACUGGGUGGUCGAUACCCUAAAGCCAUGGAGAGAGGAGCUUCAGAUCCUCAACGAAGUCUUUGCGGAUCCCAAGAUUCUGAAGGUACUGCACGGAUCAACUAUGGAUAUCAUCUGGCUGCAGCGUGAUCUGGGAUUGUACGUGGUUGGCAUGUUCGACACCUUCCAUGCCGCGUCUGCACUGGGAUAUCCUAAGAGGAGCUUGAAGUACCUGCUCAAGAAGUUUGUUGACUUUGAAGCCGACAAGCGGUAUCAGAUGGCCGAUUGGCGUGUUCGUCCACUUCCAUCUGGCAUGUUCGACUACGCCCGAUCCGAUACUCACUAUCUUCUCUUCAUCUAUGAUUGUCUGCGAAACGCACUUAUUGAGGCAUCAACUCCACAAGAAAGCCUUAUUGACUACGUUCAAGAGCGCUCAAAGAACGAGGCCCUGCAAAAAUACGAACGCCCUGUCUAUGAUGCGGAGAAGGGCCAAGGUGCUGGGGGCUGGUAUGAUAUCCUUUCCAGAAACUCUGGGGGAGUGCUCUCGAGAGAGCAAUUUGCUGUCUUCAAGGCCAUCCACCAGUGGCGCGACGAGGUCGCUCGUGCCGAGGAUGAAGGCUGGCAGUGCGUGUUUCCCAAGCAUAUGCUUUUCAAGCUUGCUCAAGUCAUGCCUCUUGAUAUGGGGACCUUAUUGCGGACACUUUCGCCCAUGACCCCUCUUACAAAGAACAGGGCUGCGGAUCUGCUUGCCACCAUCAAGGAGGCAUAUGCUGCUGGGGCGACUGGUCCAGAAUGGCGCGAUAUCGCACCGCCGCCCAAGGCUCUUCGAGCGGCCGUGGCUGUCGAUCUGGAAGAUGUCGAUUUCCCUAUUGCUGAGCGUUACGAGACAUCUCAGUUUUGGGGAGAUGUUCUGCAAGUUCAAGAGCCCUCUGCCCCGGCUUCAUACUCUGCUGUUGCCUCACUGGAGGCUCUCCGACUUUCUCUCCCUCUGCCGCCUAUGCCUGCCACCGUCUCCGAAGCCCGUGAAACGCUUGGUAUCUCGGCAAAUGCCCAACCAUCUCCGACGCCUAAGGCUGCCCCUACCCCCGCGCCGGCCCCUGAAAUGCCCAAGUACUUCACAGUGAAAGAUCUCGGCGGUCCACGCAAACGGAAGGUCGCUGCAGUUGCCACUCCUGACGAAGAAUUUUCUACGCCUGAUAGCUUGGCCGGACCAAGCGAUGAAUCAGAGUUGACCGAAAAGCAGCGCAAAAAAUUGCGCAAGGAGAAGAAGAAGGCUAAGAAGGCUGCUAAAUCUGCCUCUCAAUCAGAGGCCGACUCGACUCCUUUUGACUAUUCUACUGCGGACUCAAUCCUCAAUGUGGCUCGCACAGCUGCAGCGAGCGCCCAGCCGAAGAAGAAGCCGUUCAAUCCCUACGCCAAGGCGUUGGAAGCUCCCUCAGGCGCACGCAAGCAAAAGCGGAACGAUGCUGGAAAGUCUUUGACCUUCCGCAAGUAG